AAGCUUCCAAAGGAGGUUGUGGAAUCCCCUUCAGUGGAGGUUUUUAUGAACAGAUUGGACAAACACCUGCCAGAAACGUUCUGGUUUACUUGUGCCAAAUUCAGUGCAAACUGGGGGUUCGACUUGAUGGCCUCUCAAUGUCCAUUCCAGCGUUUCAUUUCUAUGAUAGUCCAGAUGAUCAUGAAAACAAAGAGCAUGAGAUAAUUUAUUUAGACGUAGUCCCUGCCUGUGGGAGAGUUUAAGAACCCCUCCUGUAUGACAAAAAUGGACUCAAACAUGCUUUUGUCUUCUGAACAUUAGAUGUUGCCACUGGGCAAAAAGCAUCUCUGUAAAACACACUUUAUUAAUAUACAUAAAAUGUAAAAACUAAAACAAACUUUCCCUCAAACAUAUUAAAACAUAAUAGUUUAUGAAUGGAAUCAGAUUAAUUGACAAAAUACUUGUGACAUUUCAACUUUAUAGCAUUAUCUCCCAAAUGAAUUAGAAAAUAUGUAUUAUUCCCCCAAACAUUUAGGGGGAGAAUUUUCAAAGACCAAAAUGGCAGGUAGGUGCAAAAUGAAAGCCUUUGAACAUCCCCAUCUUGGGUACCAAAUCUGCCUUCUGUUACAUAUAUGAAACGUCUAUUGAAAGAUUAUUUAUAGGAAUUGUACCAGGCUAACUGAAAGCAAAAUUUGGGACUUUAAGGGUUUAUGAUUUUUAUACCUAUAAUUUUGUUAUGCAUUUCACAACAUAUCAAACAUAGGAUGUCUGUUUCCCAUAAGAUACGUUUUUACUAGUUUCUCUUGUAUGUGUAGUCAUUGUCUCAAGUUUUCUGCGCAUGAACAUUUUUCAGUUUCUAAAUCUAUAAGGAUCCUUCCACUUCCUCCAGAUGUUAUUUUGCUUGCUUGCUACGUAUGGGAAGCCAGACCAUUUUCCAUAACCCUGUGGACUGAUUAAGUGCUCUACAGACCAGAGCUGCUAAUGAGCUUUGUUUCAAGCAUAUGUGUUCAUAUGUCAACACUUUCGCAUAUGUCAAAAGGUUAAAAAUGGAAACAUUUUUUUCCUUUAAGAAAACAGACACCCAAAUAAGGAGAUGACUGAGCACUUAAGAUUCCCCUAGUGAAUCGCUUCCAGCUUGUUCCUUAGAAAGGCUUCACGUGAAAGGUCGGGUGGGGAGGGGAGGCACACCAGGGAUUUGGGCUGCAUCCAAAAUAUUGAGUAAGGGUCUUUGAGACUUUAAAGCUAACUACAACCAUUCAAGGGUUCACUGCGCUGCACACCUAGAGCAGUGCUCUACUACUUUCUCUAUCUAUUUUUAAGACUGUUUACUACAAGUUUGUUCUUGCAAAGCUUUUCCUCUCUUGUGUGAGAGACACACAACCCCAUCCUCCAACAAAAAUGGAAGCCAUCAAGAAAAAGAUGCAGAUGCUGAAGCUAGAUAAGGAGAAUGCAAUUGAUAGAGCUGAACAGGCUGAAGCAGACAAAAAAGCAGCUGAGGACAAGUGCAAACAGGUAGAGGAUGAGCUGGUGGCACUGCAGAAGAAGUUAAAAGGAACUGAAGAUGAACUGGAUAAAUACUCAGAAGCUCUCAAAGAUGCUCAAGAAAAACUGGAACAGACUGAUAAGAAGGCAACAGAUGCAGAAGGUGAAGUGGCAGCUUUGAAUCGGCGUAUCCAGCUGGUGGAAGAGGAGCUGGAUCGUGCCCAAGAACGUCUGGCAACAGCCCUGCAGAAACUGGAGGAGGCAGAGAAGGCAGCAGAUGAAAGCGAGAGAGGUAUGAAGGUUAUUGAAAACAGAGCAAUGAAGGAUGAAGAAAAAAUGGAAAUUCAGGAGAUGCAGCUGAAAGAGGCUAAGCAUAUUGCUGAGGAGGCUGAUCGCAAAUAUGAAGAGGUUGCACGUAAACUGGUCAUUUUGGAGGGUGAACUAGAGAGAGCCGAGGAACGUGCUGAGGUGUCAGAACUAAAAUGCAGCGACCUUGAAGAAGAACUAAAAAAUGUCACUAACAACCUAAAGUCCCUGGAGGCUCAGUCUGAGAAGUACUCCGAAAAAGAGGAUAAAUAUGAAGAAGAAAUCAAGCUUCUCUCUGACAAACUCAAGGAGGCUGAAACACGUGCUGAGUUUGCAGAAAGAACGGUUGCUAAACUGGAAAAGACUAUUGAUGAUCUGGAAGAUGAGCUGUAUGCUCAGAAGCUGAAGUACAAAGCUAUCAGUGAGGAGCUUGACCACGCUCUCAAUGAUAUGACCUCUUUGUAAAUGCAUUUCCUCUUUUGGCUUUGCCUUGGUGCACUAAGAUUCUGCCUUUAAUACCAGUCUCUGAGUAAUUCCUAGUACUAGUCUUUCAAUCUUUUUCUGUAAAAACUGAAUUAAAUAAAAACAAGCUACCUUGAUACCUGUACAUUCUCUGCUUUUUUUCUUUUCCAUGAUUAAUGACAUAACUAAUGUCCUUCUUUUAAUUGGUUCUUUUAUAACAUGUCUGGUCAGAUUUUAGCAGAGCCCUGUAAUUCUCACUAGGAUACUUUUAGGAGAAUUAGUUUCAUUGUACUCAGAUUGCUUCUUUAAAAACCAAAACCUAUCCAGUUGUUAGUUAAAAUGUAAGUGACGGGUCACAUAACAAAACUGGAAGAAAGUUCAAAUAAAGUGGCAUGCAGACAAAAUAAAAAAAAUAAUAUAAAUCCCACCUGUAGCACUCAUAUUACUUCAGUGGUUAUUUAUUUCCUGGACAGCAGUGACUAUAAUGAACGCGCAAACACUCAACCUGAGGCAGCAAAAACAGAUCCAGAGAUACACUUGCUGUGCUGUUGAUGCCCCUUUGUGUGCUGCGUCAAAAUAAAACCACUCACAACAUGUAAACUGAUGAAUGCUGUCAUAACUAGUAUCUUAAAUCAACUACUCCUUGAACAGAAGGAUUUUAGCCAGUUUGUUCCUGUCCAAGCAAAUUUGAAUCUGAUUACAACUUUGAGAGACAUUAAAUCAAAAGCUUAAUUACAAUCUGAAUAUAACAUCCAUUGUCUGAUAUUCAUUUAAUAAUGUCCAGUCAUUUAUAGAUAUUUCUAUUGAUACUUGCAUGUUGAUUAAGGACAAUGUUAUGUGGAUUCUAAACUGUCUGGAGGAUCCCUAAAUAACUAUUAUAAAUAACAGUGUCCUGUGAAAAACUACAGGGAUCUGUUAGGUCUGAUCUUAUUCAUUGCAUUCAUAGGAGUUGCAGACACCAGUGAAAGGGAGAAAUAAUCCAAAGGAAUUUAAAGAAAUACCUGUUAACAGCAAGCUAAUGCCUCUAAUCAGAAAAAUCCAAAUACUCUUCAAUUUUCAGCUGUGUCCAUAUGACACCAUGGGAGAUAGGUAACAAUCCUUCUGCGUACAACACUUUAGUAACCACACCUGGAAUAUUUUGUUUAGUUCUGUACACUUCAUUAAAUUGACAAAUGGGAGGGACUUCAGCAAGGAAGCUCAGAAAAGAUAACUAGAAUGGCCAGGAGGUUGAAAAGUAAACUAUAAAGAAGUUGAACUAUGCAUAGUUAGAGCUCUGAAUCUAAACGACAAUGGCCACAGUAGAAGAUGGAGAUAAGUCUACAGAGUGUGUAAACAGGGGAUGGAGUGUAAAAAUGGGAUGAAGAACUAUUAGCAUACUAAAAAGGGAUUAAAUUGAGAAAUUGAAAUUGAGAAGGGUUUUAUCUUGAGUAAGGAACUGUGCCAAAUUGAAUCUAGUAACUCGAAAAAUUCAGCGUAUUAGAACACUCUUGUUAAGACUUUAAAUGUGCAUAACUUGGAUUUCUGUUUCAAGAAAAGAAACAAACAUUCAGCAUAUAUGUAUGACCUUGAAUCUGACUCUGCUGGUUUGGCCAAAUGCAUAGUUCCUAUUUUAGAUUUGAAGCUAAAAAUAAACAAACAGUGCUUUUCUGUAAGACAACUAGCAUUUUUGAACUAUUACGGUAUUUUGUGCUAUAGUUGAAAAAUAAUUAUAAAUUCUACUCUCUUUUCCUGCAUGAAGUCUUUAUGCCUGAUGUCAACAAAUAGAGGAAGAAAGAAUUAUUCAAAUAUAUUAGGAAAACUAUCAUGAAUAAAAAAAUUAAUGCAAUAUUGUAGUUGAGUUUUGAAAAGCACAAUAGUCAGGAAAGCCUUAGAGUUCCUCAUGCAAAUAUAACUCAACCCCCUCACACUUUGUAGAUGCUUAAAUUUCACACAUUGAAAUGAGCAACCUGGCCCUAACUUGAGCUGCAGACCAUCCCUGGUCAUCCAGUCCCAGCUUUUGGCAGUCAGUCAACCUGAUUGGCAGAAGCUGGGAUUGGAUGACCAGGGAUGGAUCAUUCAAUAAUUGCCCUGGUUUGUUCGCUCCCUCUGAAGCAUCUGGCAGUGGCCAUCAUCAGAGAAAGGAUACAGGGCUAAGUGAACUAUUGAUCUAACCCAGUAUGGCCAUUCUUAUUUCUAACUCAUACUUGAAACUAAAAGCAACAGAAGUUUAUACCUUGGACUGACAUUGAAAUCGAACUAGGAGAGACCUGUGGAAAGUUUCUAGGCGAUGAUAAAAGGGGUAAAAAACAAGGGUGAUGUCAUGAUAGGGGUCUACUACAGACCAUCUAAUCAGGAACAAGAGAUGGAUGAG